AUGAGCUCGUCAAACUUCGCCGCUGCACAGGAGCGGGUGCUCGAGCGCCGCCGCCUCCGUGAGGCAGAAGCGCGUGCCCGCCGUGCGGAACAGCAACGGGCUUCUCCGAUCAACUCGGCCAACGUUCAACGCCUUCCGUAUCCCCUGAACCGCGUCCCGGGCGCCGGUUGGUCUCUAUGGAAUAACGUGAAAGAUCGAGAUGGAACGCGACCAGCAUUUCGAGUUGGCCAGGUGGAUGCCGAGCUACUAGAUGAAGAAUUGCUCGGUUUGUUGAAGGGUCAGGUUGGCGAGGCUCUCAAAUACUUCGGACCUCAAAUGAGGGAAGAGUGGUCACAUGAAAUCCUACUUGCGCUGCGAGCUAUCCUCUUCAAACUCUCGAUGUGGGAUCACAAUGCCUCCUAUGGCGCCGCCCUACAGGGCCUACAAUAUAGCGAUAGCCGCAGCACGGGACCUGUUCUCUCUCCUCCAACAACAUGGCAGAAAUCGGCGUACGGCCUGCUGACUGUUGGUGGACGCUAUGCCUGGAACAAGUGGGAGAGCUGGUUGAUUGGACAAGAAGGUGGUUAUGAAGAGCCAUCUCAGGAAGUCCGAAUGCUGUCACGUCUGACAGAUUUCAUCUCCACGUCACACUCCAUCGCCGCCUUCGUUUCAUUCCUCGUGUUCCUCGUGAACGGCCGUUACCGCACCCUCGUCGACCGCCUUCUCCGCAUCCGCCUUGCACCUCCAUCUUCCCAGGCCAGUCGUGAGGUUUCAUUCGAGUAUUUGAACCGGCAAUUGGUCUGGCACGCCUUUACUGAGUUCUUACUCUUCUUAUUGCCAUUAGUGGGCAUCAGUCGAUGGAAGAGGUGGCUAGCUCGCGCAUGGAAAAAGACACUCAAUGCCUUCAAGUCGAGUGGCGAUGAAGACGAAGUUACAGAAAAGCGAGGAGAGCUCGGCCACCUUCCGGAGCGGACUUGCGCUAUCUGCUACCGAGAUCAGAACCCAGCCGCAACCACAGAAACUGAAGUUCUAGCAGCAUCAGCAUCAUCUGGUGGCAUCUCUGGAUCUUCCCAGACCGACAUCACCAACCCAUACGAGACCGUUCCUUGCGGGUGCAUAUACUGUUUCGUUUGUAUUGUACAAAAACUAGAGGGAGAAGAGGGCCAGGGCUGGACAUGUCUCCGGUGCGGUGAGGUUGUUAAGAAAUGCCAGCCUUGGAAUGGCGAUGUUCUGGAAGAAGCUCGGUCCCAGCCAGGCACCGGCAAGAUUGUCGGGUUCGCUAUGGACGGACCGGGCGAUGACUCCCAAGUGGCAGCACAGAACGGCACCGCUAUUGGAAAAUCCAGUCCACUAGAAGAGAUCACUGCGGAUGAAGCUCUUCAACACUCGAGCGAAUGGUCCACGGAGGAAACAGAACCUGCCGAAGACCAUCAUGCCGAGGAGGAGCCAUCCGAAGCACACCCCUGA